CUCGCCCCAGCCUUCCUGUGGGUGUCAGCUGAUCCACCAGCAGGACUCCUGCUGCCUCCCCGGUUGUCCUCAACCAGAAGCUGCUCCUACAGAGACCAACAAAGGAAGAAGUCCUGCUUUUUAUUCCUUUUUUUCUUUUUCUUUUUACAUCUUGAACGUGGCUUCAGGAUUUUUAAGGAGAAAGAGAACAGCAUGGGGUCUGAGGAUUCAUACAAUUUUGUCUUUAAAGUGGUUUUAAUCGGGGAGUCUGGUGUGGGGAAGAGCAACCUCCUGUCCCGCUUCACCAAAAACGAAUUCCGACACGACAGCCGGACCACCAUCGGCGUGGAGUUCAGCACCAGGACAGUUCAGCUGGAGAACUUCAUCAUCAAGGCUCAGAUCUGGGACACGGCAGGACUGGAGCGCUACAGGGCUAUUACCUCAGCGUACUACAGAGGAGCAGUUGGGGCUCUUCUGGUCUACGACAUAAGCAAACACCUGACCUAUGAGAGCGCCGAGCGCUGGCUGAAGGAGCUGUACGACCACGCAGACCCCCACAUUGUGGUGAUGCUGGUGGGGAACAAGUCAGACCUGCAGAGCCAGCGGACCGUCCCAACGGAGGAAGCCCAACACUUUGCAGAUGAGAAAGGCCUCAUGUUCAUGGAGACGUCAGCGCUGGAUUCCACCAAUGUGGAAUCCGCCUUCCAUGAAGUUCUGACAGCGAUUCAUAAAAAGGUGGCCAGCAGGGAGGUGACCCGCGGCUCCAUCAGCGCCGUGACCCUGUCCGGCCCCAUCGGACUCAACAGCGAACAGCAGGAGGAGCGGAAAGGCUGCUGCAAGGGCUCUUAACACCCCCAGAUUCUGUUUGACUCCUCCAGAAGGUUUAGACCUCAUCAAACAUCCCACCUGUACAGUUUAUCAAUCAAAAACCAUUUUCAUAUUCGGAUUUUUUUUAUUUUAGGAAAGGUUACUAACAGGCCCUUUUUGAAAAAAAAAAAGAAAAAAGAAAAAAAAGAAAAAGCAGCUAAGCAUCUUUUUUUUUCUGUAUUCAUGUUUUACAAAAACACUUUGUGAUGUUUCAUUGGUCUUUUUUAAAGCAAUGCAUGUAGGGACUGCCUUUAAAUAAAUUAUUUAAAUUAUUUCAUCUGCAUUGAAUCAUUUUGGUUAUCAGCAAAGGUUGUCAAAAAAUGUGAUUUCAAUAUCAGUUCUAAAAAUUAACUAAUGAAAUCCUUAACAAUUUCAAUAAUUCACAUUAAAGUAAAAAAAAUCUGUUUAUUUUGAAGUUUUUUCCCCUUAAGAGAAACUUAACGACGAACACCUGAGCAACACGCAAUGAGGAAAAUGAAUCAUAAAGCAUUUACUAUUGUUUUGUUUUCAUUUGAAAAUGCACAUCUGUGUGUGUUUAUUAGUUAUAAAGACUAAAAAGCUUUUCAACACUUUAGAUGAGCGGUGUCCAAAUGUUGCCAGAGAACCAGAUUUCAGGUGAAAAGGUGUGAGGGCUGACCAUUUUAUUAACAUUAAAAGCAAAUUGUAUGAACAUUUUAUUGCGAUGGCCUACGUUUCAUUACUUUACAUAUAAUUAAAUCCAUUUAGACACAUUUUGACC